AUGCAUUCCACUGUGCGUACAGUCUUUAGGGUUUUAAACAUUAUAUGUUUAUUAAUUUGUAUAAUUGCAUUUAUACUGUUUGCUAUUAUAUUCUGGACGAAAAUAGCAGUAUUAGCCCUACAGCCUACACUGAAGAAUUUGAAAGUUGACGGUGAUCUCAGCAAUUCAACAGUAACUGAUAGUGUGAAUCGUGUGCUAAGACAUUUUGCACGACCAAUCACUCUAACGUUGAUGGCGAUAACUAUAAUAUUUAUUUGCUUGUACGCUUUCGGUGUCCUGGUUGCUUAUAACCGAGGCAGUACAUUUUUCCUCAUGUAUGAAGUUGCAAUAACAGUGUUUAUUAUAGUUCAUGUACUCAUGUUGGCUACCCUAUUGAGUAAUCCGAAAACGAUACGUGGAGGAAUGGAGAAUAUUUUUGAGAAACAAUUCUAUGGAUACGAGUCGAUGAAAAGUCUUGAUGGACAAAGUUUAUUUGCAGCUGUUGUAAUGAUAAAUUUGAAAUGUUGUGGAUUCAGAGAUGCCUCAGAUUUCAAUGACGUCAAGAUGUCAUAUGAAGAUAGAUAUGAUGGUCGUGACUACACCAAUGUCGUAACUGCUGUACCCUGUUGUCAUAUGAAUGAUGACUUACAAUUGAAGGAUAAAGAUUGUCCAAUAUCAGGAUCUCCAGAUACAUAUUAUAUUGAUGGAUGUAAAGAACCAUUCAGUAAGAAAGCUUUCCAAGUUAUAGCAUUAUUAGCAUAUGCUUCAAUUCUAUUGAUUGUGGUCAAUUGUGCACUUGUCGUCUGUGUCGUUCUUAUUCUCCGAGAGUUAUGGAUACAUCUUUAA